GUGGCUUGGUUGUUGUAACAGAGUAAAAACUUGAAUCAUCCUCCUCUCUCCAUCCCCAAGGGAAAAGGAGAGAGGUGGCUGGGUGAUAUGAAUGACUGGAAGAAAAAGAGUGCAUUGUAAACAGUUUCCUUUUUCUGAGAAUGUUUAUCUAUGUUAUAGAAUUCUCCUCCAUUUUGGCUUGUUUCUAGUUAUUGUUUUACUAGGAUAUUAUUUUGACUUGUUCAAACAAAGGGACAUUGGUACUCCUUUCUACUUUGUUCGUAUGCUGAAAUUAGAACCUGAUGUACGGAGUCUAUUUUGAAACAGAGUAACCUCCAUUUAUCUAGGAGUGAUAAAAUGGUAUUUCCUUUAGACAAAAGCAUGACUCAGAGGAAACAAUGUUGGAAUGACCUGAUAGAAAUCAAUAUAUCGAUUUUAUACUGUUAUGUGAUGUCUUUUGUUGUUAACUUAAAAUCACAUCUGGUUAUUGAGGAGUUUGGAAUUGGUUCCUGAAUUGAUUUUUGUUUUGACAGCCUAACCUGAUUGUAUUUACGUGUGGUGGUUAUGAUGAGCUUUACACUACAGAGAAGACCAGGAUCCAUCUUUCUGGACAGAAAAUGAUCACAUCUGGAACUGUGAUAGUGCUCUUUCAGCCAGCUGAGGAGGCUGGGAAUGGUGCAAAGCGGAUGAUGGCAGAUGGGGCUUUGGAGAAUGUGGAGGCCAUCUUUGCUGUUCAUGUAUCACAUGAGAAUCCUACAGCAACCAUUGGCUCAAGGCCUGGGCCCUUGCUGGCUGGCUGUGGCUUCUUUAGAGCUGUAAUAAGUGGAAAAGGGGGCCGUGCAGGGAGUCCACACCAGUCUGUUGAUCCUGUUUUGGCUGGCUCUGCUGCAGUAAUCAGCCUACAGAAUAUUGUAUCUCGUGAAGCAAAUCCACUUGACUCACAGAUGGAGCUGGCCUUGGUAUAAAUGCAAAAUAUUUAAAUAUGCUUGAUCUUUUUUGAAAACAAUAUGGAACUUUGAUUGUUGAUACAUCAUGAAAUAGGCACAUCUUUUUGCUCUAUAUGCUUUGAAUUUGUAAAUGCUGUAGGAUCGCUUUACUUUAUCGGUCCUGAUUCAGAGUGCAACCAAUUAAUUUCGACUCCAUUUAAGUUACUACUUCAAUAUUUCUCUUUAUGACGCAACAACUCAACUCAGCCUUAUCCCAACUAAAUGAGACCAGGUACAUGGAUCAUUUCCCUCUAAUGAACUCUAAUAAAAGCCAUACUUGUAAUAAGGCCUAGGCUAUGCUUUUCUCACCACUCCUAGAGUCAUUUUAGGUCUACCCCUGGCUUUUUUAGUUCCUUCAAUCUGAAUCAAAUCACUUCUUCGUACUGGAGUUUCUAAAGGUGAUAUGGUAUGGUAGGCCGAAACAAAUCAACACUAACAAAUCUACAUAAACAGAAUUGCAGUGAACCAAUACACUGCAGAAAUUUUGAUUAUAUAUAACUCUAAAACAACGAAUCUGAUGAGGUUGAAAUUGGGAUAUCCUUGAGAACCUAUAGGGGUGUUUGGGUGGUACAAAUAUAAAAGAGAUCUAAUGGUUGGAUGAUGAAAAAAUGACAUGGACAGAAAUUAUUAAGUCACGAAAACAGCAAAAUAGUAAGUAGAGAAAACUGAUAUAACUUUACAUCAACAGAUCAGAGGGGCAUCAAUAUCAAGGCAUAGAAAGUAUUAACAGGGAAGAACAUAAUACUAAAAGAAGGGAUCAAUCCAAGGGCUGGAUUGUCUAGAAUGAUUAAUUAAUACCCUGCAGCCAGAUUUGGAGGUUAACAAGAACAGUAACAUGGGAACCGCACAUAGUGAGUAACAGUGACAUUCAAUGGCCAUAACAGUACGGAAAAGGUUAAGGAAAUAUAGAAUAACACUCUUAAGAAUCAUGGAUUGACAAGAGGACAGUCAAAACAGCAAAAGAAUUGGGAGUAUCAGAAACCAUGGGGGACUAGAAGACUUGGAAACCUGCAGAGCUGUUAACCAAAACAAAGGUGAGAAACACCUAGGAAAAAUGCCACAGUUGGGGUAUUAUCUUGCUGGAAAGAAAACUUUCAGAAUAAUAGAAAGAAGAAAUAAAAAGAGAGAAGAUGGAAGAAGAAGAAGAAGAAAAGGGGGAUAUGAUCUGGCAUCACCACCAAGGCCUUAUGGGAGGCUUCACCAUAGGAGCCAUGCAUCUCCAUGGACGCACUUUUUUUUUUUUUACAAUAGCCAAAACUGUGGGCUUGUAGCCCUUCAUCUUUAUUUAUAAUGGGCAUUCAUCAUUAUUAGAAUAGAAACUCCCUUUGUAGGGGAGUGACUUGGCUGCCAAGCAAGUUGGAAAAAGAAAUUAAACAAUAAAACAGAAAGUAAGUGGGAAUAGAAAGUCCUACUUAGCCUAGCUAUUGACUAAGUAUCGUUACAAAGAAA